AUGAUAACUUCGGUGACUUUACCAAGAGAACGUAGGUCUCAGUCCAGCGAUACAGCCAUAGCAGAUGUAGAUGACCAGGCGACACCCAGGAGCGUUUUGCCCAUUGACACUUCUCAAUUCAGUUUACAUACGUCAUUGCAAGAAGAUCCCAUCGUUUCUCAUGAGACAUUGCCAGAUGCGACUGGAAAAGUCACUACAGCAUCAGAAAUGAAAAUGCCCUUGUAUGUUAGCGUUCCAAUUCCCAAGGAGUCAGGAAUCCCAAAUGCUGCUGUCACGGCUUCAGAUAAUGCAGAACCAUACCAUGAAUCUGCAUUUGUGAAAGAAUAUCCAACUGACAUCCUGGUCGAUAGGUUCCAAAAAUGGAAGAAAAUCUUGAAAUCUCUGUCAUCAUAUCUAAAGGAAGUUGCUUACGCUGAAGAACAGAUGGGUAGAAUCAAUACGCGUUUGAGGAAUGAAGUAAAAUUCGGAUUUUUAACAGAUUUGGAAGAAGGUUCUAAUAAAUUAAAUGAUCCCCUACUGAAUAAAAGAUUGGUUAAACUACCCCAGCGGGUACCUCCCGCACAACAAAAUGUGCCCCAAGAACAAGAGGCUGCUAGCACUUCCAGCCCUGACACUACAGUUGUUGAAGAUGAUGGAAGUGGUUCGGCAUUUUCAGGUUUCCAGACUUUUGGUUCGGGUUCAAUUCAAGAUAUUCAAGUUAUCUUGAAGAAAUACCAUGUCUCAAUGGCUCAUCAGCAUUUUAAAGUGUCAAAGGAACUUCUCAAUAACGUAGUACCAAAACUAGAAUCAAUGAAAAAGGAGCUAUCUCACAAAAUCAAAGAAAUAAAGGGAUUGCACAAUGAUUUCGCAAGUAACUUGGACUACAUGUUACCUAUAACUUCAAAUCUCUUGAAUAACUUUAUAUCAUCAAUUAAAACAUACAAAGAUGGUGAUGAAGAUCCGUUUAUUCUCAACUUACAACUGCAAAUUCAACUUAGACGCCAAAUUAUGGAGGAAAAUUACCUGAAAGACGCAUUCAUAAAUUUACAACAGAGUGGAAUGCAACUAGAAAAAAUCAUCUUUUCUAUGAUUCAAAAUGUUUUAACUACGUACUCUGCACUGCUUGAUUCAGAGGCAAGAUUGGUCAUUAAAAACUUAUGUCAUGAGUUGCAGCAUAGUAUUUUAUCUCAAGCUCCAACAACUGAAUGGAACCAUUUCGUUUCACACCAUCCUACUUGCCUACUUGCUUGGAAGUCAUAUGAAACUAUCCCAACUAAGAGAAAUAUUCGUGAUAUCAUUUAUCCAAAUAUGAAGCACCCAUUAUCGAAAUGUGUUCGAAAAGGUUACCUUCAAAAGGCUGAUGAUAGCGAGCGGCAUUAUUACGUUCUAACUGCUACUUAUUUGCAUGUAUUCUCAAAUGACAAAUUCUGGAAUGGUGGUGGUCUUGUUCAAGAUAAGCUGGCAUCAGAAAAUGACCUUAAAAAACAGUCUAUUUUGAAACCACAAGUGAGUUUACCAUUACUCAAUUGCAAGAUAGUAGACAUUACUGAAGACCAGUUCGCUAUAGUUGGUGAUGCAAAAUUCAAUAAUAUUGAUGCGUUAAUUAUAAAGCCACGUUCGGCAUCAGUAAGUUCCACUUCUAGUCAAACAAAUAAAAUAAUAUCGAAUGUUUUGAAGGGCAGUAGCCGUAGAGACUUACCAUCUUCAGCUGAUCCCCAUCAAAAAAAUCUCGAGUUCCAGCAGUCAAUAAAAUGGGUUUUCAAGCGUUCAGAUAAUAAAGAAUGUUUUAACAAGUGGCUUCAUGAUAUAUCCAAACUAAUUUCCUUUAGUGAUACCGAUGAAAGAAUAAAUUAUGUGAAAGGACAUUUGCACAAUCAUUCGUCACCUGGUUCCUCUGAUUCAGAUAAACUUCGUACCCCAUUACCGUCACCCACAGCGGAACAUCCAUCUUUCAAUGAUGCAUUCAAAAAGGAAGCUUGGGUUACAACUGCAAAUAUGGCAAGCAAUGAAGAAUCCAUUGACCCAAAAUGUUCGCAUGUAGAAUCAACUGUUAAAGAUCCAGCUGUUCCCAUGAAGACUGUUGAAAGAACAAGAAAUGGAUCAGUCGAAACUGUGCCUACGAAAACUUUUCCCAUUGUAAAAACCGAAACAGGCAAGAGAAACUCUUUUAAUUUAGGCUCCUUGGGCAGGAGGAUAUCAGACAACCGAGUUCCCUUGGCGAAGGUUGACAAGGACAGUGAUAAAGAUAAUGAGCUUUCACUGAAACUGACACAUUCGAUCUAUUCCUGA